UGCCGCCUGGCUCACUCGGAGCCGCUCGCUCCUGCAGGCGCGCUGGCCCCGCGGGCUCCGAUGCACCUGUAGCCGCCCCGCGGCAGCGGGGCCCCCUGGGGCCAGUCAGUGCGCGGCCUGAUCCGCCACGCGGGGCCCGAUCCUUGGAUUUACCUCCCCACGGACUGCGGAGCCGGGCUCCUGCGCUGCCUUCGGGGGACUCCGAGGGGUCCGUGCCCUGCAUCCCGCCAGCCCAGCGCUCGGAGCUACCAUGCGAGUGCCCCGGACUGCGGGCGCUGCCGGAGGGAGGGGGCAGCUGCCGGACAGGCGCCCUGGACACCAGCGCUAGGGGACCCCCACACUCCGGCUCGGCACCAUGAGAGCCCCCCGGGAGACCUUGCACCUCCUGCUGGCUACAGCCCUGCAGCUGAUCGGCUGCGCAGCUAAGGCACCACAGCCCCAGACGAAGGGGACCCACCCGCUGGGGGAAGUGCUACAGUGGAUGGAGGUUUAUAACCGCAGCUUCUGCCAGCCGAAGGAGAUGCUGGUGCCCGUGAGCGAGGAGCACCCGGCUGAGGUGGAGCACCUGCUGGCACCCUCCUGCGUGCCCCUGCGUCGCUGCGCUGGGUGCUGUGCCGACGAGGGGCUGCAGUGUGUGCCUACCCGCAUGCAUGUGGUGGUGAUGGAGGUGAUGAAAACCCGCUACCUGUACAGCCACCUGGACCAGCUGGCCUUCGUGGAGCACAGUGCCUGCGAAUGCAGACCAAAGACAAAUAGCAAAGUAAAUCCAGAAAGGCCUGUGCGGCCCAAGGGGAAAAACAGCAUUGGACGCAAACACAAAAAGAAGAGACCCCCUGAACAGGACUCCCCCCACCUGCCCUCCUGCCCACCCUGCUCAGACAAACGGAGGCACCAGGAUCCUCAGACAUGCCAGUGCCGCUGCCGGCGCAGGUCCCAGCACUGCCAGGACCGGGGCUUGGAGCUCAAUGAGCACUCAUGCAGGAUGCAGUCGAGCCAGGCCACAGCGCUGCUCACACUCUGCCUGUGGGCACUUUGUCAUCCAGCGCUGGGCACUGAGGGCAAGAGAAAGCUGCAGAUUGGCGUCAAGAAGCGGGUGGAGAACUGUCCCAUCAAAUCCCGCAAGGGAGAUGUGCUGCACAUGCAUUACACCGGCAAGCUAGAAGAUGGGACCGAGUUUGACAGCAGCAUCCCACGUGACCAGCCCUUCAUCUUCUCGCUGGGGACGGGCCAAGUCAUCAAAGGCUGGGACCAAGGCCUGCUUGGGAUGUGCGAGGGUGAGAAGAGGAAACUGGUGAUUCCCUCCGAGCUGGGCUACGGGGACCGAGGGGCUCCACCCAAGAUCCCAGGUGGCGCAACACUGAUCUUCGAGGUGGAGCUGCUGAAGAUUGAGCGGCGACCGGAGCUGUAGGCAGGCAGCAUUGGCUGUGGGUGGGUGGAUAGAGGUCUGGGGGGGCCUCGGCUUGGUGGGGGAAGG